GUUAGCCCGUGUGCAGAGGCAUCAAAGGCGUCGAUGGACUGUAUGAACCACAACGACUAUGACAGGGACCAGUGCCUCGACUACUUCCAGGCGUACCGGGACUGCAAGAAAGCAUGGCAAACGCAACUGAAGGCGGACCGUCGCGCAGGCAAG